CAUCUCUUGACUUAUUUGACUGUGAUUUCUUUAUCUUAUCAGUCUUGGAAGAUACCAAAAGGAUCUUUUGCAACCAAACAGUACUUAAAAUACUUAAAAUACUUAAAAUAUUAGCAGCAUGUUUAUGGUCCCAACGUCUCUCUCUCUCUCUCUCUCUACAACUGCAAAUUCCCUCACCCGGCCAGUCUGCACCUUCUCAACGUCUUCCUUUUUCAUCUCUAAAUUUGCUAUACAUGCAUGCAUUUUUAGCAUAGGAACAGCAAAUCCAAUGUUGCUUAGAAAUAUCAAAUUCCAUUUACAAUUCCAGAUCUUGGGCUGGAAGGAACUAAGUGGGCAGCCUUUCAGUUAAAGCAAUCUUCAGCAUUCACGUGCCUCUUCAAACAGUGUUUGUUUCAUCAUAAUACAUAAAGUGCUUAUAUUCUGCAUGCAACAUAGAGCGUUAUCAUUUUCAAGAUUUCUUUUUGAUUUCUUAUUACCCUUUUCUUUUUCUUAUAUAUAUUGUACAUAGAGAAGGGAAUUUUCUUGGAAUGAAUAAAGGGUGUGAGUCUGGUGUGACUGCGAGUAUCAUGGGGUUUCGUGAGAUGGGUAGGUGCUCCUUCGGUGGGGUAUUGAUUUCUCUCUUGUGUUUUGGGUGGUUGGUGAGUUAUGUGGCGGAAGGCUACCCUGCUGAGGAUCUGGUUGUCGACUUGCCUGGCCAACCCCAAGUUGGAUUCAAGCAAUUUGCUGGGUAUGUUGAUGUAGAUGUCAAGCAUGGUAGGAGCUUGUUUUAUUAUUUUGUAGAGGCUAAGCAGAGCCCUGAAACUAAGCCCCUUGCUCUAUGGCUCAAUGGAGGUCCUGGUUGUUCCUCCAUUGGUGGAGGUGCCUUCACUGAGUUGGGUCCCUUUUUUCCUGAAGGGGAUGGCCGAGGCCUUCGAAGAAAUUCAAUGUCUUGGAACAGAGUAUCAAACAUCCUCUUCGUUGAGUCUCCUGCUGGAGUAGGAUGGUCUUACUCAGCUACAGCUUCUGAUUACACUACAGGAGAUGCCAAAACUGCUAAUGAUAUGCUUAUGUUCUUAUUGAAGUGGUAUGAGAAGUUCCCAGAAUACAAAUCACGGGAACUGUUUCUUACUGGAGAAAGCUAUGCAGGGCAUUACAUCCCACAGUUGGCUGAAGUUCUUUUGGAUCAUAAUGCACGUUCAACUGGUUUCAAGUUCAAUAUCAAAGGAGUUGCAAUUGGGAAUCCACUCCUUAGACUUGAUCGGGAUGUUCCAGCAACAUAUGAAUUCUUUUGGUCUCAUGGGAUGAUUUCUGAUGAGAUUGGCCUCAAGGUCAUGAAUGAAUGUCAGUUCGAGGACUACACCUUUUCAAAUCCACACAAUGUAACAGCUGCAUGUAAUGAAGCCAUAUCUGAAGCAAAUAGCAUUGUCGGUGAAUACAUUAAUAAUUACGAUGUUAUCCUAGAUGUUUGCUAUCCAUCUAUAGUGGAGCAAGAACUGCGACUUAGGAAAGUGGUUACCAAGAUAAGUGUCGGAGUUGAUGUAUGUAUGACCCUUGAAAGAAGUUUCUACUUCAACCUUCCUGAGGUUCAGAAGGCUCUUCAUGCUAAUCGAACUCAUCUGCCAUAUAGAUGGUCCAUGUGCAGUAGUGUUCUAGAGUACAGUGAUACUGAUGGUAAUUUGGACAUGCUUCCCAUUCUCAAAAAGAUAAUUAAAAAUCGUAUUCCAGUUUGGGUAUUCAGUGGUGAUCAAGAUUCUGUUGUACCACUUCUGGGUUCAAGAACACUUGUUCGCGAGCUAGCUCAUGAUCUAAACUUCAAGAUUACAGUCCCUUAUGGAGCUUGGUUUCACAAAGGCCAGGUAGCAGGUUGGGCAACAGAGUAUGGCAAUUUAUUGACUUUUGCCACAGUAAGAGGUGCUGCUCAUAUGGUGCCAUAUUCACAGCCAUCAAGAGCUUUGCAUCUAUUCAGUUCAUUUGUUCGUGGCCGGAGAUUGCCUAGUAAACCGCGCAUUCCAAUAGAUGAUUAACAGGUGUUUGAUCAAUUGUCACAGCAUAUGAUUAUAGGGUUCUCAUGAUGCUUCUUAAAUCAAAAUUCUGAGAACAAUAAGUGUUAUCAGGAAUAAUGAUCUCAAAGAGAUGAGGCAUUUGAAUUGUAGUUAGCGGUGUCUUGAUUUUAUUUUCUGGAACUUGUAUCUAAUUGGAAUGGAAGAUCAUAUUCAUAGUGUAUCUGAUGAGGUUUUAGCUGUAGUUAGACUAGUCUCCAACAGCCAUUAUGUAAACUAAGGAUUUACAAAGCUGGAUUAAGAAGAAAGCCUCUUUU